AUGACCUUCCCAGACUCUGGCUCCCUCAAGGCCCACAAGCAAACACACAAAACAGAGAGAGGGUCGAGUACAGGGUCUGGGUCUGGGCCUCCGUACUCCUGCACCCAGUGUGGUAAAACCUUCACCCAGGCCUGCAACCUCAAGGUCCACCAGCGGGUCCACCAGGCCAAGGGACUCCACCUCUGCAGCCACUGUGGCAAGGGCUUCACCUCCUUCUCCGACCUGAAGAGGCACAAGUGCAGCCAGAUGACAGACAAGCCCUACUGCUGCUCCAUCUGUGGGAACAAGUUCAGUCGGCUCUGGAACCUGAAGGUGCAUCAGCGUAUUCACACGCAGGAGAAACCCCACCGCUGCACUAUGUGUGACAAGAGAUUCACGCGGGCAGACAUUUUGAAAGUGCACCUGCGCACCCACACUGGGGAGAGACCGGUGAAGGGUCAGUGGUGA